AUGGACGCAGGAACGGCCUCUUUUGGCAGAAAUCAGUCUAAUAAGGCUCAGCUGCGGAGCCAACUUCUCAGCAACGACGUGGGUAACAUAAACGUGGCAGAAGAACCACCAGUAAGUGACUCUCGAGCUGUGCCACCCAUGAUGGGCAAUCCUAACAACUUUCCACCAAAUGGACCUCAGUUUUACGCUUCACAUGACCAGCAUCUACAAUACGGGCGACAACCGCCAUACGGAAACCAGGCUUCCCACGCUGGAGGAAUGCCAGCUUCAGGGUUUCCGUCCCAAGGGCCUCGUGCGUCAUCGAUAACUUCUCAGUCCACUGCAGGCCCGGGCAAGAGAUCUCUGCAGUCUACCGGAAUUUCAAAUCUAUUCAAAUUUCGCCAAGGCCGUUACAAGGAAAGAGAGAAUGACAACGAGGAAGAGAUUUUCAUGACCGACUCAGAGAACUCGGUCUUGACUUUCAACGACAUCUCCUCAAUGCGGAACAACGGAGGUCAUAAGUACGGAUUUGGAGGUGGCAUGGACGACACGUCGCCGAUCAUUCCUACCUUGAUGACGAAAAGCCAUCAAAACAUGAGCAACAUCGAGUAUAGGAAGCAUAUGGCUGCUCAGAAGAAAAUGAACUAUAACACAAUCACGAAACAAAACAAAUUUGCUGCACAAGGCGGCGUUCGUAAUGACCCUCGAGCUAUGUCUUUGCAGCACUCUCGCAACCCAUAUGCGUCGCAACAGCAAUAUGGCAAUCAAAUGUCACCUUACGCGCACGCCGACUCGCUGACUUCGGGACCACCUUCAAUGGCACCAUAUGGAAGAGCGAAUUCCAUGAUGGCAGGUCCACCACCUUCAAUGCCACCUUACGCCCGUGCCAAUUCUUUGAUGGCAGGACCACCACAGCAAGCCCGAGGUUGGGGCCCUCAGCUCAAUGUGCCUCGUCCUGCCAACAACGAACCCAGAGCAAUGUCACUCACCGCAGGCACAGGUAGAGGUCCCAUGUUACAGCAACAUGCAGGAUUGCGACCGCAGCCAGGCACUUUGCCGCCUCGAAAUCAGGGAAUGCCUGCUCCAGUUGGAUUUCAGGGUGCUACUGGCCCUCGCAACUGGCAGCCCGCACAAGGCGGCUCGAUGCCCCAAGCAAUGGCAGCCGGUCACCAGCAGUACAUGCCGCAGCAUGGACAGCAAAGUAGUCAUUCAUCUAGUGCCUUAGUAGAGUCUCAACCCGACAACUCAAAAAGAAGUGAGACUUCACAUGCCAAAGAAUACGAGACUCCUCUCUCUUCAUCUUCUGCAAUGAGCACUAACAGCCUGUCCUCAUACCGCGUAGCAAGUCAGACCCCUGAAAGUCAGCAAGCAGAAGCAAAUGAGGAAGCUAUAAAGCUAGAUGCUGGUGUGGAUAAUGAAGGGCUUUUGAAUAGAAAGAGCAUGCCGUCCUCAGGGAAAUUGAACAUUAUUAAACUUUCAGAUCCCCAGCAAAAAGAGCUGAAGGGGAAAGAACUAGGAAUGCAGAGCCUGCAACACCAAUUAGUUCAACCAGCAAAAGAGACUGAAAAUGCUCAGUUGAACGGUCAAGGCUGGGUCGGGGGUGCGACCGAAAACGGGAGGGAUAUCUCAAGACACAACUUGGACCGAUCCCCAACGUUUCAAGCUUCUAGUACUGCACGCGAGAAUAGCCAAUAUCCUACUGGGGCUAUUGACAACAACCGCAGACGCUCUCAGAUCCAAUCAAUGGCAACAAUGGAGUCAGCCCUCAGUAGCGACUCUCCAACGAGAAGAAAUCACAAUCACAAAAGUCUUUAUAUGCUUGAAAAUGGCACAGAUACAAAUGCUUAUGUUACCGCUUCGGAACUGCUUGAUGAAGACGUCAUUCAAAGCGAACGAAACAUUUCAGAAACUACCAUAACUAAAAGGGCGGAGCCUCCGGCCAGUGGUGAAUCAAAAGUGUCUAAGAACGCCGCAAAUCCCGCGCCUGAACGUAAAGACAAUGGCUUUGGGAAGACUCGCAAUUUUUUGAGAAAAUUGUCCUCUAGGAGUAACAAAAGCGAUAGUCAAGAAAAAGGCUCUCGUCAAUCCAGCGCAGGCAGUUUUGUCAAUAGGAGUGAGGGCUUCGAAAGUGUGUCUCAAGAUAGAGAUGGAGCUUUUGAAAGCAAGCUAUGGAACGCUAAAUCCAGUAAUCCCAAAAGGAAAUCAUUUCACUCCCUUUUCUCGAACUCCUCUGGCGGCACAAAUUCAGGCGAGCGCGUAAAAUCUUAUGCCUCUUUAGCCAAUAUCGAGGAGAAGAAGGUAGAGGAAAAAUCCACGACCGCAGAAUAUCAAAAUGCCGACAGAAGAGAGAGCCGCGGUUCCCUGCAAGAUACCACUUUGACUGAAAACGACAUUAAUAUGGAAGGAUCGUUUGCGAAGACAUCACCGAUAGACAGUUCCGAACCGCUAGAUUUGCUAGCUGCGGCGGACUUUGGCAGGUCUCAAGACGAGGGCGACGAGUUCAACUUUGAUAACACCGUCUCUGGGCCAUACAAGCCACUUUACGCUUCUCAAGAAGACUUAGACCUAAGACAAGUCGCCAAUGAUGAUCAUAAAUUCAAAACGAUCUUCAUUUCGAGCGACCAGUUGAGCAUGCUGACUGAACAGAACUCGCUGAUGAAAGAUAUCGAUCUUUUGUCGAAAGAACUCGCAGAAUCGGUAUCACGGGAAGCUCGGCUCGAACAGGAAAUAGCUGGCAGAAAUAGAGCUGCAGAGACAAAAACGUCACUGUCGUUUGCGGACUUCGAAAUCGAGUUGCGGAAGAAAUCGUCAAAAGUCGUCGAACUAAUUCAACAACUAAAUGACGAGAGGCUAAGGCGGUACAUAGCCGAGGAACAAGUGAUGCUGCAAGAAAACGGUGCGAAGCCCAGCACUGUGGACUUGAUUCACAAGAUACACUCUUUGGAACAAUCUCUGGCAAGCAAAGAUCAAGAAAUUGCCCAAUUGACCGAGCUUUUAGGUACCAAGCGAUCAUGA